GAGAGAUUGUAGCGCUGUGAGGGUGGGAAGGAGCUGCGGGAUCGUGCGUUAGUGUUACCACAGGAACUAAACAAUGUAGCUCCUAAUACAGGCGGCGCUCACUUCCCGCCUCCUCCCCCCGGGUCACGUGAGGAGGGCGCGCGGCGGCGCACGAUGGUGGCGGCGCGGCCCGGCUGUGGUGGCGGCGGAGUGGGCGGCAGCGCGUAGAAAAUGGCGGAUUUCGAGGAGCUGCGGAAUAUGGUAUCAAGUUUUCGUGUUUCUGAACUUCAAGUGUUGUUAGGCUUUGCUGGGCGUAAUAAAAGUGGACGGAAACAUGACCUCCUGAUGAGGGCUCUGCACUUGCUGAAGAGUGGCUGCAGCCCAGCAGUGCAGAUCAAAAUCCGAGAACUCUAUAGGCGUCGGUACCCAAGGACAAUUGAAGGACUUUCAGACUUAUCAGCCAUAAAACCUGCAGUUUUCAAUCUUGAUAGCAGUUCUUCUCCCGUGGAGCCUGACCUGGCUGUUGCUGGCAUUCACCCAAUCCCUUCUACUUCGGUCACCCCUCAGUCUCCUUCCUCACCCGUCAGCUCCGUGCUCCUUCAGGACACUAAGGCUCACUUUGAGAUGCAGCAGCCAUCGCCUCCCAUCCCACCUGUCCAUCCUGAUGUCCAGCUGAAGAGCUUGCCCUUUUAUGAUGUGCUUGAUGUACUCAUAAAGCCUACAAGUCUAGUACAGAGCAGUAUUCAACGGUUCCAAGAGAAGUUUUUUAUCUUUGCUUUGACUCCUCAGCAGGUCAGAGAAAUCUGUAUUUCCAGGGACUUCUUGCCAGGGGGCAGGAGAGAUUACACAGUCCAAGUUCAGCUAAGGUUAUGCCUAGCAGAGACAAGCUGUCCUCAAGAAGAUAAUUACCCUAACAGUUUGUGCAUUAAAGUGAAUGGGAAGCUGUUUCCGUUGCCGGGAUAUGCUCCACCACCGAAAAAUGGAAUUGAACAGAAGCGACCUGGGCGCCCCUUGAAUAUAACCUCUCUGGUUAGGUUAUCUUCAGCAGUGCCAAACCAGAUUUCCAUUUCCUGGGCUUCUGAAAUAGGAAAGAGUUACUCCAUGUCUGUGUAUCUCGUUCGUCAGCUCACUUCAGCUAUGCUUUUGCAGAGGUUAAAAAUGAAAGGUAUCAGAAACCCUGAUCAUUCCAGAGCAUUAAUUAAAGAAAAGCUAACAGCAGAUCCUGACAGUGAGAUUGCCACCACCAGUCUGCGGGUGUCUCUGAUGUGUCCUCUGGGGAAAAUGAGGCUGACAAUCCCAUGCCGGCAGUGUUUUGAUGCUGCUCUUUAUCUCCAAAUGAAUGAAAAGAAGCCUACCUGGAUCUGUCCUGUCUGUGACAAAAAGGCAGCUUAUGAGAGCUUGAUUCUAGAUGGACUCUUCAUGGAAAUCCUUAAUGAAUGUUCAGAUGUGGAUGAGAUUAAAUUCCAGGAGGAUGGUUCCUGGUGUCCUAUGAGGCCUAAAAAAGAUGCUGUUAAAGUCUCAAGUCCACAGUGCACCAAAAUAGAAAGUUCCAGUGUUGUUAGCAAACCAUGUUCUGUGACGGUGGCCAGUGAGGAAAACAAGAAGAAAGUUGAUGUUAUUGACUUGACUAUUGAAAGCUCUUCUGAUGAAGAGGAAGAUCCUCCAGCCAAAAGGAAGUGCAUAUUCAUGUCUGAAACGCAAGGAAGCCCAACCAAAGGGGUUCUCAUGUAUCAGCCAUCCUCUGUCAGAGUGCCCAGUGUGACAACGGUUGAUACUGCUGCUAUUCCUCCAUCAUUAUCAGACUACCCUGUGCCAUUCCACCACCCACCGAUGUCCAGCAUUUCCUCAGAUUUGCCAGGUUUGGAUUUCCUUUCACUAAUUCCAGUUGAAUCACAGCAGUACUGUCCUCCUAUGUUUUUGGAUAGUCUCACCUCAACCUUAACAAGCAACACGCCUGGCAGCAUCAUCACAUCGACCAGUCACCACGAGAGCAGCACGCACGUUAGCUCCUCCAACAGGAGUGAGUCAGGAGUUAUAACCAGCAGCAGUGGCAGCGCUCCCGACAUCAUCUCACUGGACUGAAACAAGAGGCAGCAUUGGAACUCCAGGAGGAACUGCACACAGCUGCUGCUUGUAUCUCUGGAACUUCAGCAUCUCUGAAGUUAUUCUGAUAUUUAUUGAAAGGAUCUGCCUUCUGGAAAAUGGAAAAAAUUCAUUUACAUUAGGGACAGAAGUGAUAGAACUUCCUUUUUUUUUUUUUCCUUGCUUAUUCAAUAGUUGGCAUAAGAGAGGACCCUUCAGAACAUGGGAUUGUUCUGGGGAAACUGACGUCUUGUUCUUGGAUGGAUUCAACAGAUGUUUAAUUUUGAGAGUGGCAGAGCACGGGCACAGGCAGCCCAGAGAUGUGGUGGUGUCUCCUGGAGAUGCUCAAGGCCUGCCUGGAUGCCUCAGUGCUUCACCUGCUGUAAGGAGCAGCUUUAGCAGGGGGUUGGACCAAAUGGUCUCAAGGUCCUUUCCCACCCCCGCGAUUCUACAAUUUGUUGUAAAACAGCAAUAAUGUAAAAACUUUUUUUUUCUUUUUUGUUUUUUAAAUAAAAAAGGCACGUAACCACUCUAGAACAACAACCACCUGGAAAAUGGUGCAAAGGUAGAUGAUGAAUUUUUUUUGUAUUUUUCACUGGGGCUGGUAAUAAACUUCAGUUAAGGCAAUGAUGCUUUGUGAAAUAGCCAUGCCUUCACUUUUAUGUUUUGUGAUUCCCCACUUUCAUGGGGAAGAGAAAGUAGGUGGAAUUUUUUUUUCACGUUCUUCACAAAUUUAACACUCCUAACUGUGACUUCUUGAUGUUUUUUGGGCUGGGGAUGGGCAAGCUAUCUAUGCAAACCUUGCAUUGUACAACCUCUCUGUGCUGCCGUGUCAGAGUGGAUCACUUCUCCCAUCACCAAAACCCACAAACUAUGCACAGUUGGGACAUAGUUUAGUUUCUGAUUUGAUAACUUUUAAGAGAUGACAGAGUUUUACUUUGCUUUUAAAGUCCCCAGUGUCUUUCUUUGCCACUGCCAGCUCUGCCCUUAGAUGCACCAGUGAGGUGCCUGCUUUCUAUGACACUUGUAAGGAGAGAGCACAUGGAUGGCUUUCUCCAGUGCAGAACUGUUUUCUGGGAUGGCAUACUUUGGCAGUGGCUGUGUUCUGCCUGGGCAUUACUGCAGUCCAGCUUGCCAUGGUGUGUUUCUUCUUGGAGCAAAACAGCUGUAGCUGCAUACUGCUCCCGCUGAACUUCAACUAUGGAGAGGCUGCUCUGAAAGUAAUGCUUCCUAUUUAUUUCCAUGGAAAUGACAACGACGACAUAGUAACGCUAUGUGAAUAGAGCAUGAUCUCAGCUACAAAACAGCAGUUGCUACUGUUAGCUCUACAUUUUUGCUAGUGAUGAAUGAGUGCCUGUAGGCUGUGCUUGUAAAUGAACGUCAGUGGGUCUCAUUAUUUUUUUUUCACGUGGAGGGAUUCAGUUCCACACCUUUGCUUCGUACACGCUUCCAUGUCAGACGCCAUUCUGCUGGACUGCCCCUCUGCUGCCAUCCAUCACAUGGUGACAAAGUGGAAUAUUGGUGGGAAGGUUCAUCCUCUACUGCCGUACCACCACCAUCCAUCUCUGACUUUGUGGGCUGACAAUGUGAAAUAGGAGGCAUUACUUCUGGAGCAGCCCUUAUAUGUUCAGGGCUGAAUGAUGCUCUGUCCCACCAUAGAACUGCCAUGACCAGAAGGCCAUGUAAUGAGAUGGAAAUAACCUCCUCUUCUGCUGUGCUGCCCUGUUCAGCGUGUGGGGCACAGCCCUGCACGUCUCUGGGGAUAACGCAGGCAGUGCUGUGCGUGGAAGAGGUUACAGACCAGGAAAAUCAUUUCCGUACAGCUGGAAUAAUGGUAUUGUCUGUAUAUGUUGACAUAGCAACUCUUCCAAUAUUUGUUUCUCUGUUGAGUAACUGUAUUUGAGAUUACUCUUUCCCUACUUCCAGCAUUCGUUUUUCCUUAAUUCUGUUUCACGUUUUGUUUCUUUCAUCAAAUGUCUGGUGCUUUUUUGCCUUCCAGUACUGUUACAGUAUUUGAACUAAGCAUAUGGAUAAGAAAUAUUGAAGCAGGAUGUACUGUACCUCUUGUCUGCUCUGUACUCUCAUCUUUAAUGCCGCACUGUUUUUUGUUGCCUUUUUUGUACCAUCCUUCACGCCGAUCCUUGAUUUACCCAUUGGUCUUAAUAUCGCAUCCUUUUUCUUCUCCUUUCCUUAUCUGUUAAUUUUUUAUAUCUGUUAAGGAUCAGUUUUUAGCAUGAUUUAUUUCUAAUAAAGCCACGCUGCUCAUGAAGUGUUUUCUAAUGGCUUGCAGCUGGUCGGUGCUCUCUGCAUCACAAUUGCACAGUAACUGAGCUAGGAGUGGGGGGAGGCUCGAGAGCCCUUGUGAAUAAACUGCUUAAAACUUA